CCCAUUGUGUUAUACCGUGCAGAUCUAUUGUCAAGUCGCGUGUUGGGAACAUCAGAGACACUUCGGGCUAUAUCCGUAGCCUCAAGUCUUCUUAUCGUCAUCGCCCACCCUCUUCGUUUGAUUCUUGGACACCCCUCAAUAUCGGCCCCACGUUGAGAAGGCUACGAGUACGGAUAACUGCAUAUGUUUCUUCGCCAACUCGACCUGACGACUGCUCUUCGUCCAUCUUUACUACCAGACGAAACUCUUUUGUUUGUUCAGGAUGCAGUAGGUCUUUACGAGGGGAAAUAUAAAAUUCCCAACUACCAAAAUGGUCACGCCUACCUGACCUCACAUCGCGUGUGCUACGUCGACAAUCAGGAGCCGCGGAAGUUCUCCGUUGGUAUUGAUCUUAAGGAUAUCGAAAGGCCAGAAUUUUAUGCUGGGUUCUUAAAGUCAUCAGCAAAAAUCACUCUAUAUCCGAAAGCUCCAAAACAUAAUGCUUUGGCCAUCAGGAGUCCAAAGCCUGGUUAUUCAAGUUCAGGAAGUUCUCUAGGAUCAACACCGCCGAGCAGAUAUGCUACUCCAGGCCGUCCCUCAGCACCUUCACCAGCACCGGUCCGAGAUCCGAAUGCUACCUGGAUAUGUCCCAUCUGUUCAUUCUCGAAUCCUGUACCGUCCAAUUUCGAUCCAAGCACAGCAAACGAUCGAACACCUUUGCCACCAUGUCUAGCUUGUGGCAUCAAGCCUCCUCUAGUACAUGUCGUCAAAGCAGCAAUCGCAGCUUUAUCAAAUCGACCAAGUGGGACGAACUCAUUCACGUCUGUACCCACCCAAGUCACAACUACUCCUCUUUCAUCUUCACCACAAACAUCACAGCCCAUGGAUGUUUCAUUGAACCAGUGCCCACGCUGUACUUUUUCCAAUCAUCCAUCUCUAAGUAGCUGCGAGAUAUGUGGAGCCAAACUAUCAGGUCCAGCAGACAGACGUUCCCAAAUCAUCGAAAGCGCAACCACACGUCCGGAAUCUCCUGGCCCGUCUCUUCCAAAUGCAACCUUAGGAGACGGCACUCCAGAAAGUAUCAAACUCUCCUUUCGCGCUGGCGGCGACAAAAUCUUCCACGAACGUCUAAAAGGCGCCCUCGUCCAACGAAAAUGGCUCCUUCAAAACGCCCCUCCUAUCCCUCGCUCCCACAUGAACGAGGCCAACCCGAUAUCCACCUACUCUCUAACCGACGGCUACACACCGACACCACCUCCCCCAAAGGUAGUAGGAAUAGCAGGACUCGAACGCCGAGGAGCAGAAUUACGCAAAAACAACGAAUUCGUCAUCGGUAGCGCCUUUGAAGAUUUGGAAGCCCUCAUGACAUCAGCAAAAGAAGUAAUCGCCAUGGCCGAACGCUUCCGCAGUCAAAACAGCAAUGGCGAUGGCGAUAACGAUGCCAAUAGCGCUGAAGCCGCUUCCUUACUCUCAGACAUGGGUCUCGUGACCACAAAAGAUAUGCUCUCAGGAGGCAGCGGCGCCGAUCGCACCUACAUCGCCGAACUCUCCCGCAAUCUUGCAGAAUUCCUCACCGAUGACAAAAGAGGUGUGUUGAGGAGGGAAGGAGGUAUCAUGUCUUUAGUAGACCUCUGGGCCGUCUUCAACCGCACGAGAAAUGGAAUCGAAUUGGUCUCACCCAUGGACUUUGAAAGAGCUGCCACUAUGUGGGAUACUUUGCGCUUGCCUAUUCGUCUCCGUCGCUUCAGAAGUGGAUUACUCGUCGUCCAAGGUCGCGACCGCACUGAUGACAAGACUGUCGCGAGCUUACUCUCCUGGCUCAAAGACCUACACUCAAUCCCCCCAGCCAUGUCCAAUAUCUCCGAGUUCGGCGCAGUUACAGGGCCCUCCGUAACCUGGGACUGGCAAAUGUUCGGCCGCGGCGUCACAGCCCAAGAAACAGCAGAACGAUUCGGUUGGAGUGUGGGAGUCGCGACAGAAGAGUUGGAAAUGGCAGAGGAAAGAGGUGCACUAUGUCGUGAGCAAGGUCUUGAUGGUGUAAGGUUCUGGGAGAACUUUUUUGCCGAGAUUGAGGUCAAGGUGCCAAAGACGAAGACGGUGCAGCAGUUGGAGCAGGCUGAGCUGGAGAAGAGAUUGAGGGAGAGUGGGCUGUUAUAGAAUUCCAUAUAGAUCAUCGACAUUUUACGCAUACAUAUCUGUACAGAACUUGCAUUCGAACACGGU